AUGAAGUGGCUGGUGAUUUUUGUCUUGCUGGGCAUGUGUUCACAGGCUGCAGCACAACCAGCUUUCCAAGCAUCAGUGUUCUCAACAACAUCCCAGACUGUGAUUUUCAGAUGGACCAAGUACUCUGGAGCCAGCUCAUACAAGAUCACUGUCGCCCCCCAAAGCUCACCAAACAACCCCAUUGCUUUUGCCACAUACGGUCCAAACAUAGUGUUGGGCUCUGUCAACUCUCUGUCCCCAAACACCCUGUAUACAUUCACAGUUACAGCUCUGGAUGAUUCCCAAGGAACACUGACCAGUGCGACUUUUGAGGCAUCAACAGCCCCUAAGGCAAUGGAUCCCAUCCAGACAGUGAAGCCAAAGGAUAGCCGCACCUUGAUAGCAGAGUUCAACUUGGAGACCGGGGCAACCUAUUACAUCAUACGAGUCCAAAAUGCCAACGGCUUCUUCAGAGAAGACACAGUGCACUCAUCCCCUGCUGAGAUCAAGUUCCUCACACCAUACACUGAGUACAAGCUCAGUAUCAUGGCUGGGAACAGUGGAGGCCGCAGCCAGCCAUCUCUUCCUGUGACUGCAAAGACAGUUUUGCAUCCUCCUCUUUUCUCCGCCUACUCUCCCAGCAAUGACAGCAUCAAUGUAUCCUGGGUCCCUGUUGCUCAAGCUGUCCAGUAUACCCUGUACAUAUACAAGUUUGGCUCAAUCACCAACAUGACGUACAACACCUCCAACACGUAUCUGACCAUCUCUGGCCUGGAUGCUGGCUCACUCUAUGUAAUCAGUGGUUUUGCAUGGGACCUCGAGGGCCGAAAGGGAGAGUGCAGUUUGUUCCACAACCUGACAACACGACCUCCGACACCACGUUCUGUCAAUGUCUCUGUGGUAUUAUAUAAUAGUGUACCCGGACUCUCUGUUUCCUGGGAACUCGAUCAGGGGGUCUAUGGAUCCAUCGAGUACCAGGUGAGGAGUGAUCAGAACCUCACAUGUAACUCCACAUCCAGCUCCUGCACCCUGUCGCCAAUAGGCUGUGGAGAGAUACACACUGUCCAGGUCAUCGCCUCGAACAAGGCCGGGCCCAGCUUCCCAUCCAGCCCCGUGGUGUCCAUCAGCUUCCCCUGCCCGCCAGAGUCUUUGGCUCUUAUGGAGUUAUCAGAAGGAAUCUGCACACUGACAUGGAACCUGAUGCCUCAUGCUGACAGCUACGUGGCCUUGAUCAAGAGAGGUGAUGGCGGUGAGGAGACCUGCAACACCACCAGCAACAACUGUACCUACCACUGCACCUGUGGCUACACAUACCUGAUGUCUGUGUUCGCAUUCAAUAAAGCUGGCAGCAGUCCUAAAGGAGAGGAUCUAUACUAUACCACCUUGCCCUGUUGUCCAGAGGGUGUAUCCGUCACUGUGGUGAGCACUGACACUCUGGAGAUCAUGUGGACGGCCUCACGGGGGACAGAGUUGUAUGAGACUCGGGCGGUGGACAGUUCAGAGGUCAUCCUUUGUAACGACACGGCACCGGUGUGCGCCCUCUCUGACCUAAGCUGCGACACUUCCUACAGUGUGGUGGUGACACCUUGCAAUGAAAUGAGCGGAUGCAACCGUGCAUGCAAAGCUCACACACAAGACACAGCUCCCUGCAUGCCGAUGAAUCUGAUGCUGAAUCUGAAAAACUCUUCCUGCACCGGUGUCAGCUGGACAGCAAACAACAGGCCUGCUACUUACACUGUGAGUGCGCUGGGACAUGAUGGAAAAUACACCUGCACCACCAGUGGAAACAGCUGUGACAUCACUGACCUUCCCUGUGGCUCCACCUACGAAGUCAGCGUCAUAGCAACCAGCGCAGCAGGCCAGAGUUUACCAAGCUACUCUGACUCUCUAGAAACAGAACCCUGUUGCCCGGUGAAUCUAACAGUGGAUCAGGUGACUCAGGCAGUGACAAAUGUCUCAUGGUCUCACGCCAAAGGAGCGCACUUGUUCAUAACUUCUUUGACAUCAACGCGUGGUCACGCCCGCUGCCACACCCAGGACUCCCACUGCCUCAUGGGAUGCAUCUCCUGUGGGACCAACUACACCGUCACCAUGGAGGCAUUCAGUCACAGUGGGCUCAAGUCCAACUGCACCUAUCAGGGCUUCUCAUCUAGUGCCUGCUGUCCGUCAGGUGUCAGGCUCUACAAGAUGGCAGGUAACUCUCUGCGGGUGUACUGGCGCAGCGGUGGCAGCAGCCACAGCUACAUCACAGAGAUGGUGGGCACCAGCAACAACUACACCUGCACUGCGGUUCCUGGGGAGAACAGCUGUGAUUUUAGCUACAUCCAGUGUGGGGAUGUUUUUAAUGUAAUGGUAGCUCCGCUCACACCAGAGGGCAGCAAAGUCCUGUUCUGCCCCCAGAGACUGUAUUCAGUCACUUGCUCAGGGAACAACAUUGGCACAGUGAUUUACAGAGGGAGGCGAAGUGUGGACUAGCACAUACCUCUUCCCCACGGAUACAACAAACGCCUCCAUCUUCUUCAUCCUCCUCUUCCUCCUGCAUCACCCCUGCCCCACUGAAAUGAAGCCAUGUGCUGAUUCUAAAGAGAAGAACAACUAUAACCAGAAAUAAACCUGCAGUUUGCCCAUGAUACAUAGCAAAUAACAUGAUGAAUAAUGAGAAAUGAAUAUUUGAGAUGUUGUUCAUUGUCAUAAAUCUGGCGUCCUCAAUAAUCAUGAUCAAGCUCUUAAAGGUAAAAAAACAAAACAAAGGCAAGUGAACAACAAGGGUAGAUUUUGUGUGUGCUGCUUAAACUAUGUAUCAUGAGACAAAAUCAUGGUAUGAAUUUGGUAAAUGUAAAAAAAGUUUAUUAUCAUAAAACUUUUACCAGAACUAAAUGUAUACUGUAACGAAAAAUUUGUGAGUCUAAUUUGAACGAAUGUUAUCCUUGCUGUUUGGUUACAAAAAAUCUCAUCAAAUGACUCAUCUAAUUGACAAAACAAUAACAAUUAGCAAAAUAGUAACAGUGCCCCAACAGACAUUUUAAACAAUUUAUUAAAUAUCUCUUGUUUUAAGAAUUAUUAAUUGGAGAAUUAACCUAAUUAAAACAAAUUUUGUAGCUCUGGCCCUAAGUAGGAAGCCUCCUGAUGAUAAGUGGCGGACUUGUGCGUCUCAUCAUGUGUCACCCUGUAGCAUACAAUGUCUACAGUGUGCUAUUGCUUGUUCUCAGGAUGUGAUUAACUGUUAUAUGUGUCAAUGUGGUUGUGUAAACCUGAUGUAUAUUUCCGUUAAUAAAGAAUUCCCAGCA